CAGAGCCCGAACUUGAACCCGAUCUAAUAUAUCUGGAGAGACCUAAAAAUAGCUGUGCAGCAAUGCUCCCCAUCCAAUCUGACCACUUGAGAGGAUCUGUAGAGAAGAAUGUGUCACGAACUGGCUCAAAGCCAGGAACAAAAAGGGAGACAACAUGGAGAUAACAAAAAUAUAUUUAAUAUCUCAAGUAACCUAUAUACAAUAAACAUUGGUGUAUGUAGUCAGUAGUGUGAGUGGUUGCGUGCGUAGAUGUGAUAAUGAAGGGUGUUGAAAGGUGCCAACGCAAACAAACAAAACGGACACGCAAAAAAAUGCAACAACCAAAAACAGUGUGUGUCUGCAUGGAGAAUUUCUUCAAUGAAUGGGGAAGAGAUGUAUUUAUCCCGGGACACACCCGGGCCCAGGUGUGUCCCAUUUCUCUGACGACCCUCCCGGAUCCGCCCACCAACAUCCUAUUAAGGAAAACGAGGAGAAAGAAUAAGGCAGACGGAGUGAGAGGGUCGUCACAAAUGGGAGAAACUCUCCAAAUACAGCUGUGGGACAUCCGUAAGAAGGGGGCGGUCCAUACGUUCCAAAACACCUACCAGGUGUUGGCUGUCACAUUCAACGACACCAGCGACCAGAUCCUGUCUGGGGGCAUCGACAAUGACAUCAAGGUGUGGGACCUGAGGCAGAAUAAGCUGGUCUACAGUAUGCAUGGUCAUGGUGAUUCUCUGACUGGACUCAGCCUGAGCUCAGAGGGGUCCUACCUCCUUUCCAACUCCAUGGACAACACAGUGCGUAUUUGGGACGUCCGUCCGUUCGCUCCCAAGGAGAGGUGUGUGAAGAUAUUCCAGGGGAACAUUCACAACUUUGAGAAGAACCUUCUGAGGUGUUCCUGGUCCGCUGACGGCAGCAAGAUUGCAGCAGGCUCAGCCGACAGGUUUGUAUAUGUGUGGGACACCACGUCUCGUAGGAUCCUGUACAAGCUGCCAGGCCAUGCUGGGUCAGUCAAUGAGGUCGCCUUCCACCCUGAGGAGCCUAUUGUCCUCUCUGGUGCCAGUGACAAGAGACUCUACAUGGGAGAGAUUCAGUAGGACUGUUGUUUGUGUGUGUGUGUGUGAGAGAGAGAGAAGGGUAAUUGUGUGUACAUCUGAGUGUGUUAUUUCUGCUCCGUUGUGUGAAUGAUCAGUACUCUGUACUUUUUUAUGCUUCUUUAUUUAAUAAUGAGACAGUAUUUUGAGUUUAUAAUUUCCAGUCACAACAACCAACACCUGUAAUUUUUUUUGUAUUUCUCUUAAUAAACUACUUCUGGAAGAA